GGGCUGGGGGGACGUCGGCGAAUUGUCCCUCGCCGGCGCUCGUAAGCGGCGGAUGCUCCCUUUUUCGCUUUCCCCUUCCUCUCCGGGACAGUUUCCUGCGAGGUGCGAAUGGCUUGAGCCGGGCUCGGCUUCGAGGAGAAUUCGAGACCAUUAAACAAAGGUGAUAAUGCACCAUGGGAACGGGCCUCAAAAUGCGCAGCGCCAGCUCCAAAGGUCCCGGUCUUUCACUGGCAGCGAGAGCGAAGACCAGCAGGCGACUCUGCCACAGUCUCCCGCGGCCUCGUUCGCUCCUUCCGCCAGCCCAUCCGCCCCACAGUCUCCCGGUUACCAAAUCCAACAGUUUAUAAUGAGCCGGAGCCCAGUGGCUGGACAAAACGUCAACAUCACCCUGCAGAACGUUGGCUCCGUCACUGCAGGAAACCAGCAAAUCACACUGACCCCUCUGCCCAUCCCCAGCCCGACGUCCCCAAGUUUUCAAUUUAGUCCUCAGCAAAGGAGGUUUGAGCAUGGGUCGCCCUCCUACAUCCAAGUCACUUCACCCUUGCCUCCUCAGGUUCAGUCUCAAAGCCCCACGCAGCCCAACCCCGUGCCCGUUCAGUCCAUAUCAAACGUUCGGACAGGUACCCCGGGGCCCGGCUUGGGCAUGUGCAGCCAGAGUCCCACGCGAGGCUUCGUAGAUGCCAGCGUGCUCGUCCGGCAGAUCAGCUUGAGCCCUUCGAACGGCGGGCACUUCGUGUAUCAGGAAGGAUCCGGGAUCACCCAGCUGUCUCAAGGCGCUGCGGCUCAGGUGCAGCUUGCUUCUCCCGGAGCGCCUGCCACAGUGAGAGAACGCCGACUGUCCCAGCCACACUCACAGACCGGGGGCACCAUUCACCACCUUGGACCGCAGAGCCCCGUCGCUAGCGGGGCAAAUAUCCAGCCUUUGCCGAGUCCCGGCCACAUUACGACAAACAACCUGCCGCCGCAAAUUAGCAACAUUAUCCAAGGCAUGCAGCAGCAGCAGGUCCUGCAGGGGCAGCAGCUCAGCAGACCUCUGGGGUACGAUAGGACUCCUGGCGGUCUGAUUGCCGGUGUGGGCGGGCCGCCCACGUUCGGGAUGACAUCGGCGCCCCCUCCCACGAGCCCUUCCCGAGCCAGCAUGGCGCAGGGGCUGACGGGUCUCCCCCUUGCUCCUUCGGUGUGCACCGUGGUGAAGAAGGCCAAAAAGAUGGAGGAGAUUCCCCCUGCGACUCAAGAGACUGCUCAGAUGAGGAAGCAAUGCUUGGAGCACCACCUCAAGCAAAUGGAGGUCCUGAAAGAGACGUUCAAGGAAUACCUGAUUGAGUUGUUCUUCCUGCAGCAUCUUCAAGGGAACAUGAUGGAUUUCUUGGCGUUUAAGAAGAAGCUCUGUAUGCCGCUGCAAGCGUACCUGAGGCAGAAUGACCUGGAUUUGGAGGAGGAGGAGGAGGAAGAGCAGUCUGAGGUUAUCAACGACGAGGUAAAGGUUGUGACAGGAAAGGAUGGGCAGACGGGUACUCCUGUUGCUAUAGCAACCCAGCUUCCUCCAAAUGUUUCUGCUGCUUUUUCAUCCCAGCAGCAGCCAUUUCAGCAGGUGCAUGCAGGGGCUCCGGUAACAGGAACAGUGAAUGCCAUAGAAAUUGAAGCUUUUAAGAGACAACAAGCACUUUCUUCAGCAGAUUCGUCUAAGAGACCCCGAAUUGAAGUGGGCCGUCACGGGAUGGUUUUUCAGCAUCCAGGCGUGGCUUCAGGAGUCCCUCUUCAACAGCUCAUGCCAACAGCGCAAGGAGGAAUGCCGCCCACCCCUCAAGCGGUGCAGCUGACAGGGCAGAAGCAAAGCCAGCAGCAGUACGACCCUUCCAAAGGCCCUCCGGUGCAGAACGCGGCAAGUCUGCACACCCCUCCGCCGCAGCUGCCGGGGAGGCUGCAGCCGACCAACGUGCCCGUCGGGGCUCUCCCGGCUACCCUGCAGCUGACCCAACAGCAGCCCCAGAUCACAGAAGCUCCAGUCCAGCCUCAGGCGCCCACGAAGGCCUCACCCCAGACAAUAUCCGUCAGUGCUGCUGUGCCACACAGCCAGGUUCAAACACCGCUGCAGCAGCAGGUGCAGCUGGCGGCUCAUGCCCAGGGACCCGUCGCAGCACAAAUAUCCCAACCGCAAGCUCCGGUCCAGCAGCAGACUGUGACCCUGGCGAGAGCGUCUGUAGACUCUGUCCAGAAUUCCCAGCGUCUUCCAGCAAGCACCCUUCCUCCUACCUCAUCAAACCCGCCGGCGGCCAUUUCCACAUCGGCACCGCAGUCCACCUACCCGGCCCAGGCCAGCCGAACCUCGCCAGCCACGAACAAGUCUGUGUCUCCUGUUGCCUCCAAACCCCCAGGCUUGGCAGUGACCGCAGCACCCAAGACCCAGAGCCCAGCUCAGAAUACGGCCGUCGUGCCGCAGGACAGUUCCCAAGAGAAGCUGGCUGAGCAAGUUAAACUGGAAAACCAAGUCCACCAACGAAUAGCAGAGCUGAGAAAAGAGGGGUUGUGGUCUCUGAGACGGCUGCCCAAACUGCAGGAAGCCCCCAGGCCAAAAUCUCACUGGGACUACCUUCUGGAAGAGAUGCAGUGGAUGGCAACCGACUUUGCACAGGAGCGGAUGUGGAAGAUGGCAGCGGCAAAGAAGAUGGUCCGAACUGUGGCUCGCUACCACGAAGAAAAGAAACUGAAUGAGGAGAGAGCCAAGAAGGAGGAGCAGAACAAGCUCAGGCGUAUUGCUGCAUCAAUUGCCAGAGAAAUUGAAUAUUUCUGGUCCAAUAUUGAACAGGUUGUGGAAAUAAAGCUGCAGAUUGAAUUUCAAGAGAAAAGGAGGAAAGCGUUAAAUUUGAAGAGGCGUUCAAGGAGAGGCAAGGACACAAGGCAUCUGGAAGAGCUUCUGCUGGAGAAAGGAAGCGAUUUGGGUUCCUGGUCAUCGGGAAGGAAGAGAAAGGCAAGCACGUCGUUGACAGAUGAUGAGGUUGAAGAUGAAGAAGAGACCAUUGAAGAACAAGAAAUGAAAGAAGGAAACGUAAACCAUCAGAUGGAGCUCUCCAAUUUGGCCAAGGAAGCUGAGCUGCCUUUGGACGAUUUGGUCAAGAUGUACGAAGGCGCCUUUGCCGAGAAUUUUCACUGGCCCCAGCCGAAGCAUGACGAGGAGGAGACUAGUGAAGAAGAAAUGGACGACCACGCUGGUGAAAGGGAACUUCCUCCGAAGGAGACCAUUCUGAUUGACUCCCUCCUCAGCAUUGAUCAGUAUAAGGGGGUAGAGAGAGCGAUUUCUACCAAGAAGCACGGAAGAGACAUAGCAGAAGUGGCUGCUGCCGCUGAAAGCCUCUUGCCGAAGGGCAGCGCUCGGAUUACAACGGCAGUAAAAUACAACACCCCACCUCUUUUGUACGGCUCCCUUCGAGAGUAUCAGAAGAUCGGCUUAGACUGGCUGGCAAAGCUCUACAAGAAGAAUCUCAAUGGCAUUUUGGCAGACGAGGCCGGCCUGGGCAAAACUGUGCAAGUCACCGCCUUCUUUGCGCACCUGGCAUGCAACGAAGGCGAUUGGGGUCCUCACCUUGUCGUGGUUCGCAGCUGUAAUAUAUUGAAGUGGGAACUUGAACUGAAGCGUUGGUGCCCUGGGCUGAAAAUCCUUCUCUAUAUUGGCAGCCAGCGAGAGCUCAGAGCAAAGAGACAGGCGUGGUCGGAACCCAACAGCUUUAACGUCUGCAUCACUUCCUACAAGCAGCUUUUCAAAGGGCACCAGGCGUUCAUGAAAAUGCGGUGGAAAUACCUGGUCGUCGAUGAGAUGCAGCAGAUCAAAAACAUGACCGAGAAGCACUGGGAAGCCCUCCUCUGUCUCCGCAGCCAACACCGUUUGCUCCUGAUAGACACUCCUCUGCACAAUACCUUGAUGGAAUUGUGGACCAUGGUGCACUUCUUGAUUCCAGGGAUCUCCAAAGCUUACCUGGAUUUUCCUGUGAAAGCAGCCAACGAGGAGAAUCAGGAUUAUUGCCACAAGCUUGUAAUAAGGCUUCACAGAAUGAUCCAGCCAUUUAUUUUACGGAGGUCGAAAAGAGAUGUCGAAAAGCAGCUGACAAAGAAAUACGAGCAUGUGCUGAAAUGCCGGCUUUCAAACAGGCAGAAAGCCAUGUAUGAAGAUGUCAUAUUGCAGCCGGGAACCCAAGAUGCCCUUAAAAGCGGGCAUUUUGUCAGCGUCCUUCACGUCCUGAUGCAACUCCAAAAGAUCUGCAAUCAUCCCGAUCUGAUAAAUCCUCGGCUUUCGAGCUCUUCCUACGUCUCGGACACGUUGCAAUUUAGAACCGCCUCGCUGGCCUUAAAAGCACUUGAACGUGACCUUUGGAAUGACACAGACCUGUUCGAUUUGAUCGGGAUCGAGAACGGGAUGACUCGGUAUGAGUCACAGGUGCUGCCGAAGCAAAAGGUCACUCGGAAGCUCAUUGAAGAGAUCUACACUUCUCCGCCACCUCCCCCGAGGCCCAAUCCGGUAAAGCUGAAGCCUAGCAGAUUAUUCCAACCUGUUCAAUAUGGGCAAAAGCCCGAAGGCAGGAUUGCUGCAUUCCCAAGCACUCAGGUGCAACGCACAGCAACCACAGCAACGGUGGCUCAGCAGGGACAAGUGAGGGGAAGGUCGCCAGUGGCUACAGUGUCUGCAAAUCAAGCCGUCGCCGCACCCCAGUUUCAGACCUCUCAGGCUUCCUCCGUCAGUGCUCCGAGACAGCAGGCAGCAGCGACCUUCGCCACGGCGGCUAGCAGCCCGGCCCAUCCUGCCAAACCGCGGGCUCAGACCACUGUGCAGGCCUUACAGCUAGGCCAGGCCCAGCCGCAGGCCCCCGCCACACACACCAUCCAGCAGAGCGUGCUGCCUCAGAGGCUGGUAUUGACCUCUCAGGCCCAGGCACGGCUGCCUAGUAAGUGCCAGCGACACCGCCCCUCGACCUCCCUUCCAGGCGGUGAAGUGGUGAAAAUAGCCCAGCUUGCUUCUAUUGCAGGAGCACAGGGCAGGAUGGCGCAGCCGGAGACGCCCGUGACGCUGCAGUUCCAAGGGAACAAGUUCACUUUGUCGCACAGUCAACUGCGUCAGCUCACAGCGGGACAGCCCCUGCAGCUUCAAGGUAGCGUCCUGCAGAUCGUGUCGGCUCCGGGGCAGCAGUACGUCCGCCCGCAAGCUCCAGUCGUGAUGCAGACGGUGCCUCAAGGUGGCACCAUUCAAAAUGCUCUGAACGCUUUGGGAAACCAGCACCAAGCGGGUCUGCCCGCUUCAGCCAUGACCCCUCAAAAUAGAACAGUGGGUGCUAAUUUAGCUUUGGGGGACUCCGCCUCCACCCUGAAACCUGGCCUUAUCCAUGGAGGACAUUCCCAGGAGUCGUUCGAGGAAAAGAACAGACUUCUCAGGGAGCGGCUGGAUCGGCUGUUUUUGUACAACGAGCGCCGCUGCUCCAGGAGACCCGUCUACGGCAGAGACCUCGUGGGAGCGUUUUCGGUGGUGACCGAUAGAAAGGUGUCCCCUCAUUUUUCCGCUGCAGUCAGCAAGUGGAGGUGGGCUGGCUUUGCCAAUUGCAGCCUCUCUUUGAGUUGCUCUGGAGACCACAGCGAUCCACUGCAGGGACUGGUGCGGACACUAGAGCAGCAGCAGGAGUCGCUGACGGAUGUGGUUAACAGGGGGCUCUGCGUACUCCCAGCAGCCGUGGCUUCCCCUCCCUCUUUGCACGUGGCCAAGCUUCCUGCCUUGUAUAGCCACCGAACGAAGCUGCUCAGGCGGCGUCUGAAAGAGGCAGUCUCUCCUUGCCUGCGUCGGCUGCAGCGGAUCACCGCUCCGCAGUUGCUUCAGUUUCCUGAUCUCCGCCUGGUGCAGUGUGAUGCAGGGAAACUGGAAGCGCUGGCCAUCUUGCUUCAGAAGCUGAAGCUGGAAGGACGCCGGGUGCUGAUCUUGUCUCAGAUGAUCCUCAUGUUGGACAUCCUGGAGCUGUUCUUGAAUUUCCAUUUUCUCACCUACGUGAGGAUUGAUGAAUAUGCUAAUCAGGAAGAGCGCCAGGAGCUGAUGAAGACGUUCAACAGAGACAAGCGCAUCUUCUGCGCCAUCCUGUCCUCCCACAGCCGCUCUACGGGGGUCAACCUUGUUGAGGCCGACACCGUUGUGUUCUAUGACAACGAUCUGAAUCCGGUGAUGGACGCGAAGGCUCAAGAGUGGUGCGACCGAAUCGGCAGAUGCAAAGACAUCCACAUCUACAGGCUCGUCAGCGGGAACUCAGUGGAAGAGAAGCUCUUGAAAAACGGCACAAAAGAUCUGAUCCGGGAAGUUGCGGCUCAGGGAAAUGAUUACUCGAUGGCCUUUCUAACACAGCAAACAAUUCAGGAGCUCUUUGAAGUUCACUCUCCGAUGGAAGACUCUGGUUUCCGAGUGAAAGCAGAAGAGUUUGUGGUGCUUUCCCAAGAGCCCUCCCCUGCAGAAACGAUCUCUCCCAAAGUCGCAAGGCCUUUCAUAGAGGCUCUCAAAAGUACAGAGCGAGAAGCAGAGGAGCCCCACGGCUGCGUUGAGGACAUGGAGACAGAAUCGGCUUUGGAACCUCUCGUUUCAGAGUUUGGCAAGUCUCGGUAUCUUCAUGAGCCCUCUCAGCUGCAGGAACUGGUUACCGUGGUGGAUCAGCUCACCCCGAUAGAAAAGUAUGCCUUGAAUUAUCUGGAGCUCUUCCAUAUUUCCACUGAUGAUAGUGAAGCAAAAGACAGCCAGAUGGAAGCAAAAACUGCAAAGAAGGUAUGGGAAACUCGUCACCUAAAGGAACUAAAAGAAGAAGACGAGCGGAUGCUUUUGGAUGGGGACGAGGAAGAGCUGCUCACCUACACUCGAGAGGAUGCCUAUAGCAAGGAAUAUAUCUAUGAAGGCCCUGAUGGACAAACAGAAAUAAUGCCACUUUGGACUCCCCCGACUCCGCCUCAAGACGACAACGAUAUUUACAUCGACUCUGUCAUGUGUCUGAUGUACGAGACCACCCCGAUCCCCGAAUCCAAACUGCCUCCCGUAUACGUCCGGAAGGAGCGCAAGCGCCACAAAACAGAUCCAUCCGCUGCAGGGCGGAAGAAGAAGCAGCGCCACGGAGAGACGGUCAUCCCUCCCCGCUCGCUUUUUGACCGAGCGACUCCGGGGAUGCUGAAGGUGCGGCGGGAGGGAAAAGAGCAGAAGAAGAACAUCCUGCUGAAGCAGCAGACGCAGUUCGCCAAGCCCUUGCCCACUCUCAUGAAGCCAGCUGCGGAGGCCGGCCAAGACAACCCCGAGUGGCUCAUCAGCGAAGACUGGGCCCUGCUCCAGGCCGUUAAACAGUUGCUGGAGCUCCCUCUCAACCUCGCCAUCGUGUCCCCGGCUCACACGCCCAACUGGGACCUCGUCUGCGACGUGGUGAACUCCUGCAGCCGCGUGUAUCGCUCCCCGAAACAGUGCCGCAGCCGCUAUGAAAACGUCAUCAUUCCAAGAGAGGAAGGGAAGCUUAUGUAUGAAGCGAACCCUAAGAAGAAGACAAAAAGCAUUUAUAAGACAUUUAAUGAAUUAAUUCCUGCAACGCCCCACCAGACAAAGAACAGCCGUCCGCUUCGAACCAAUCAGCUGUAUGCCCAAGACGAGGGUGCGACACACACCCAGCUUUACACUAAUCAUUUUGAGAUUAUGAAAAUGAUUGCUGGGAAGCGAAGCCCCCCCAUCAAACCACUGCUCGGUAUGAAUCCCUUCCAGAAGAAUCCAAAGCACACGUCCGUUCUGGCAGAGAGUGGAAUCAACUAUGAUAAGCCCCUCCCUCCCAUUCAAGUUGCUUCUCUCCGAGCGGAGCGUAUCGCCAAAGAGAAAAAGGCGCUGGCUGAGCAGCAGAGGGCCCAGCAGCAGGCAGGUCCUCAGCAACAGCAGCAGCAGCAGCAAACUGGUCAGCAGCAAGCCCAGCAAGCAGCUGUCCAGCAAGCUCAGCCUCAGCCCCAAGCUCAAGCCCAAGUGGUCCAGCAGCCCCAGGCCGUGGUGCAAACAUCUGCUACCACCGUAGCCAACACCACAGUCCUGGCUGGCACAAUGAAAACAUCAGUGACCGGAACGAGCAUACAGACAGCUACAGUGAGUGGGAACGUUAUUGUGAACACCGUGCCUGGGGCCCCUUCUGCGACCUUUCAACCGAUCAAUAAACGGCUGGCAUCGCCUGUAAUACCUGGGACGCUGGCGGCUUCCGGAGGUGCCGCCACGGCCCAGGUGGUCCAUACCCAGCAGAGACCAGCCGCUGCACCCGCUGCCUCAGCAGAACUGGUGACCUUAGCAUCCACUCAAGGGGUCCGAGCUGUCACCUCUGUGACGGCAUCGGCUGUGGUGACCACCAACCUGACGCCGGUUCAGACUCAGCCGAGAUCUCUGGUCACUCAGGUGACGCCAGCGGCUCCGGCCGGCGUUCAGCUUUCGGGGAAGACCCUUUCCCAGGCGCACUUCCAGAUCCUGCGGCAGCAACAGCAGGCAGCAUCGCAAGUCCAGGUCCCCCAGAUCCAGACCCAAGGCCAGGCUCAGUCGCCAGCCCAGAUCAAAGCUGUGGGGAAGCUGUCACAGGAGCAGCUGAUCAAGUUGCAGAAGCAGAAGCUUCAGCUCCCCCAGCAGCAGGCCGGCCAGCAGACGCAGGCAGGAGCCCCGCAGCAGAGCACCCAGGUCCAAGUGCAGCAGCAGCAGCCCCAGCAGCUGACGGCGGUCGCAGCACCGAGGCCCGGGGCGGUCCUGACGGGCACCACCGUGACCAACCUUCAGGUUGCUCGCCUGACUCGUGUUCCUGCUCCCCAGCUUCAAGCUCAAGGUCAGAUCCAGGCCCAGACGCCUCAAGCGGCCCAGGUGGCGUUAGCGAAGCCUCCGGUUGUGUCUGUUCCAGCCGCUGUGGUGUCGUCCGCAGGAGUCACCACGCUCCCCGUUACCGUGGCUGGGAUUAGCGUUGCUAUUGGGCAGCCGCAGAAGGCAGCAGGAGGACAGACGGUGGUGGCCCAGCCACUGCACGUCCAGCAGCUCUUGAAGCUCAAGCAUCAUCAUCAGGCGGCCCAGCAGCAGAAGGCCAUCCAGCCCCAGGUUGCCCAAGGACAAUCUGCCGUUCAGCAAAAGAUGAACCCACAGCAGGUUACAGUCCAGGCACAACAGCAGACAUCCCAGCAGCAAAAAGUUGCCUACGCUACACAGCCGGCCAUCAAAACCCAGUUCCUAACAACUCCUAUUUCUCAGGCCCAGAAAUCUGGUGGAACCCAGCAAGUCCAGACCCAAAUACAGGUCGCAAAGAUCCCACAAGUGGUAUCACAGCAGGCGGCCGUGGCCAAUAUUCAGCAAAUGGUGUCUGUUUCUCAGCAGGUCCAAGCUCAGCCGCAGACAGUGACCUUGACCCAGACGACGGCAGGACAGCAGCAGGUCCAAGUGAUCCCGGCCACCACUGCGACUGCUCAAGUGGUCCAGCAGAAACUGAUACAGCAACAGGUGGUCACGACGGCAUCGCCUCAGCUCCAAGGCCCCGGGGUGCCGAACCCGAACCAGGCCCCGGCACCCGCCGACAGUCAAACUCAGCAAGCCAAAAUGAGGGCGCCGGUCCGAUUAAAGGCCCCCAACAAGCCCAGCUGAGUGCGACGCGUGAGAGAUCAGGGAGCACAAACACAGCUCCUUCGGGCUUUCCACAAGCGUCAGGCCGGUGUCUCGCAAGACCCGCCUCUUCCACAAGGCUGCGAGUCUUCUCCGUCAGUGAGAGGAGGUGACUCCCGAAUGGCGCAGUUGCUUCAUGCGGCGGACCUCUUCCGGAGCUUAAAGCAUUUUGAUAAUCUUUCGCUUCCGACGUUGUCCGGCAGCAGAACACUCCAAAUUGUUUUCUUUUUGUUUAAUUCAAAACACCUAGGCUGCCAGGAAUAUUUCAAGAGUCGAUCUCUUCCCGUUCAAAACACCAAAAUGUAACGACGAGGUUGUUCUUCGGUAUCUGUAGUUUUGUCUGCAUAUUCUAGGCCGUUUCCGUCACUGCCUGAGGGGAUCUUGUCACGGGUGUAGGCUUAGAUUGCCCUAAAAAGGCAGCAGGGCCUCCCGAUAGCAGUCGGCCGGGCUGUCCUGUCGCCAGCAGCCAGCUGUACUUCCUGGUGCCUUUCGAUGAACAUUCAGGAGGUAGCGACCUAUUGUGGCGAAAGCACUCCUUGCAUCCUUCGGCCAAUAAAUGUGAAGAUUUGUAAAUAUCUGUAAGUACAAACCACAUUUCAGUCUACAUUUUUUGGUAAGUCUUUUUAAUGAAGCGUUUGCUAGUUUGAAUUUUGUGUUUUUGUUCGUUUGUUUUUAAAUUCAGUGUACAGUUUAUGGAAGCCCCCCCCCCCCUUUCGCCCAGUUCUUAGGCUCUUGUUUCCCAUUUUUCAUCUAAUGAAUAUUGUAGGCAUGUUGGUUUUUGGAGAGGCAAAAAAGAAUCCUGUGUGAUAGUAGCUGUGUGUCAGAUUGUGACCCUUUCCUUCCUCACCUUGAUUUGUACAAAGAACUGUUUGGUUGAUGUUACAAAGCAAAUGGCUUUUGUUGUCCUCCUUUUCAUGGGGCAUCCAAACUUUUGUGGGGAGGGGGGAGGCGGGCCUCAGUCGGUUCUGCACGUGGGUUUCGAUCCACCUUUGCAGAUCCUUUUUUUUUUAAAAAAAAAAAGUCCGAGUUACCAUUUCUGUUCUGGAGGAAGAAAUGGAAAGUUAUUGAUCCUUCAGCUGAAUAAAGAAUAUGAUUUAAUGUGUGUACUAUUCCUUUUCUAAAGGCUUUUUUAAAAAAACCCUUGCAGGCAGGUAUUUGAGUCCCUAAUUCACUUUUCUGUUCUGAAUUCCCGAGCAGGCCAGACUGUUUAGAAUAUAGCAGGAGCUUUCCUUCCUUCCUCCCUCCCUCCCUCCCUCCCUCCCUUCUGACUGUCCUUGGACAGUCCUUGGACACUGAUCUCGCCUCUGAGUUGGUCCCCUUUUUUUGGCUGCUGCGCUGCAUAGAAGGCCGUUAGAGCAAGGUGAGGGAUAGUCACUGUUUUUUUGUUUAGCGAGUUGUUUCCUUGGGGGGAAGGCAAUAGUUUUUUAAUCUCCCCCUUUUAGCAAGGUGAGUGGGCACCGUGGAGUUCCUCUGCACCCAACCCAGAAGGGCCCCUAAUGUGGAUACCAGCGCAUCUGGGGUGGGUUAAGGGUGUUCCUGGGGUAGGACCUGACUUGAACUUCCACUGGGCUUUUGGCCCGGAAAUGUCCCUGGCGCAGGCUGAUGACUCACUCCACGAUUACACAUGGUGUAAGUCAUUAUCUCCUAUGGAGUGUUCUGAGCAGGAUCGGGGAUUCUUUGCCCCACUGUUUGUUACACCACCCAGAGCCCCACUGGAGGCGGCCUUUGCUGCUGCACCAUUUCCAGCCAGCGUGGAGAGCCUUCCCGUCUGGAUUCCGCUGCUAGUCAGAUGUGUAGUUUGACACCUAUUGAUGAUAGGUGAACCCAGAACCCGCCUUCUCUGCAGACUUCCUGCCCUCAAUUCACUGAUGUUUUCCUUCUACGCUUACUUUUCUCAGUCUCAUGUUUAUACAGAUAUCAUGUUCGUGCUAACCUCUCUUUGUAUGUUAGAUUCUUCCAUCCCUCCCGACGCUGGUUUUGAACGCUUCUCCAAACCCUUUUGCUUUGUGUUUUGAAGAACGUCUGCUGCACGGAUAGUGGAGCAGUAAGUCCGGACAGUUGCAGACACUGGGCAAAAAUGGCUAGGAAUGUUUCCUGUACACAUUACCUGAAGCGAAGGGGCUUUGCAGAGAAGCAGGCCUGAGAUGUAACAGAGAAGCUGCCCUCGUUUCACUGGGACGUGCGCAGGAAUGCAGCUCUCAGCCGAUUUCACCCAUUUCUGUACGCUAUACUGACACCCAUCUCUUAGUUUUAGUGUGUUAGGUAGCCCUGGUUUUAUUGUUGAUCCUUGGUUUCGCUCUUUUUGAAAAAAAAAAUUCCUGCAUGUAACUUAAUGUAAUGUACAAAGCAGAGGUACACCCGCCCCCCCGGCUGCCCGCCACCCUUUGCUAGCGUCAGUGUUCUGCUUUCAGUAUGUCGGCGGCAAUUUCUGUUUCUGAAUUCGGUGAAAAUGACAAUUUAGAUUUUUUUCCCCUCCUCCCUUUCUCCCUCCCUCCGCCUCCAAAGUGUGGUAGAAGCGUGUAAAUAUCUUUAUGAACAUAACACAUUUGUACUUGACCAGUAGGACUGGAAGAACGUGUGCUGUAUCCUACCCGAAGGUGUAAUAAAGUGUACAUUUUUAUAACA